ACGCCGCCCUUGACUAAUGGGGAGAGCCGUUGGUGUGGGGUGGAGUAAGAGCGACGGCGAUUGGCUGGACGGCCUGGGCUCCUGGCGGGGCCGCGCCGGGUCUGGGGUAAGCACAGCAAGAUGGCGGCCGAGACGGUGGAGCUGCACAAGCUGAAGCUUGCUGAACUAAAGCAAGAAUGUCUUGCUCGUGGUUUAGAGACCAAGGGAAUAAAACAAGAUCUUAUCAACAGGCUCCAGGCAUAUCUUGAAGAACAUGCUGAAGAGGAAGCUAACGAAGAGGAUGUCCUGGGAGAUGAGACCGAGGAAGAAGAACCAAAGCCCAUAGAACUGCCUGUUAAAGAGGAAGAACCUCCUGAAAAAGCUGUUGAUGUGGCAUCAGAAAAGAAGGUGGUAAAAAUUACAUCUGGAAUACCUCAGACUGAAAGAAUGCAGAAGAGGGCUGAACGAUUCAAUGUCCCUGUAAGCUUGGAGAGCAAGAAGGCUGCGCGGGCAGCCAGAUUUGGAAUUUCUUCUGUUCCAGCAAAAGGUCUGUCAUCUGAUACCAAGCCUAUGGUUAACUUGGAUAAACUAAAGGAAAGAGCACAGAGAUUUGGUUUGAAUGUCUCUUCCAUCUCUAGAAAGUCUGAGGAUGAUGAGAAGCUGAAAAAAAGGAAGGAGAGAUUUGGGAUUGUGACAAAUUCAGCUGGAACUGGAACUACUGAGGAUACAGAGGUUCAAGUGCUGGAUUGUGUCAUGUGACAGUCCCAAAACUCAGAGCACCCUAUGGCCAUCUUUGCCCUCUGUCACAUAACUUGAAAACUGCCUGAUGGCCUUUUUGUAAUGGUUCCUUCCUGGAAACCUUGGUUUCAGUGGAGAAGUCCUUUCCUGGCAUUCCAGUGCCCCUGUCAGCCCCUGUCCUCAGACACCCUAACAAACAAAGGCCAUCACACACGAUGUAACAGAUACACAAGUAAAGAAUUACACUAAUAACGAUACUCUCAGAGGAGACUGGCCAGUCCACGAAGGUAAGGUGUGAGAAGUGCCAGGUCCCACUCAACUGCUAGGCCAUGUCCUCAAGCCUCUUAGGGGAUAGAAAAGACCAGGAAACUGAGGCUUAACUCAGGUUUGUAUUCAUAAGAGAACCCCUUCCCCCUGGAAAGGUAUUUACUUGGUGGUAAUAAAGAGGCAAUAUUUGAAGUUUAAUGCCCCAGCUCUCUCAACUGUAGAGAAGUUUACCUGAUAACUAAUUAUCCAACCCUUACCUUUUCCAAGAUCAAGAAGCAUUUGACCUUGGAGGAAAGCAUCUUCUGCUUUUCUAUUCCUCUCCUCCACCAAGGAAGUGUGGUUUAGUGUUGAUGGACAAACGUGUCUUGUUCUUUAAGAUGGGGUAGAUAAAGAGGACGAAGAACAGGCCCAGAGAGGAGAGGCUUGGGACUAACAGCUGCUACAUGGGAAGUGAGUUGAAAGGCUUAACCCUUGUCCAUCCUCAUAGGAGACAUCUUAUCUCCUUUUCUCACUAUGAGAAUAGGAGUUAGGUGCCAAGGAUAGUCACAUACCUUUGUCCUUUCUAUGGUCUGGCCCAAGGGAGAGAAACAAUACGCUCUUAGGAAGCACAGACCUUCCUGGCCAGGCUUCAUUCAGUUCAGUUCUUUUUCUACCAUGAUGGCCGGCGCGACACGUGACAUUUUGCUGUAAUCUCCCCUCUCCCCCCAUCCUCUUAAGACUUGUCUGGAGCCAAGAGGCCACUGGUGAGGUAUGGUUAGGGUGUGGAGAUUUUCAGCUCCUUGGCUUCAGGCAUUGUCCAGCUGAGAGGCAGAGGGUGCUUGUGCUCUGAAGCCCGUGACUCCUUUAAGCCUCACAUUGUGGUGCCCUGGUUAUCUAGUCCCACAGCGAGAGGUAUUUUAUGUCCAUAAAGUGCCCGUGGUAAGUGCUCAGAAUUCAUCUCUUGGCUGUGGCGGGUGCUGCUGUUUCUCAUUCCGUCAAGGGGAAGAAACUGAGGCACAGUGAGUCCAGAGGAGGGUGGGUCAGGAUUGUGGGAGGAAUGAGUGGGCCCAGUUAGUGACUUGAAGUGGCAGCUAAUUGCUUGCCUGCUUCCUAAGCCUUCCAAACCAAGGCUUCUCCAUCCUCCCAUCCUCUGCUGUAACUGGCCUUGUCACAUGCCUAUACUGUCCCCUCCCUGCUUUCAGGACUGCUAUAUUCCAAAAAUAAAAGAUAAAAUUAUA